CAGUAUGCAUCGUCUGUCGUAACAAUUAAGUUUUGACAUUUCUAUAAGUGGAUUAGUAAUGUCUAACAGCGUUUGUAGAUAAUGAUGUAGAUCCGAAAAAAUCUUCAUCCGAGAUAAACGUAUGAACUUUGUAAAAGGAAAACACAGUGAAGAAGUCCGAUGGGUCAUUGGUGGUUCUGGAUAUACAUGACAAUGCAUUGUGCCGUUGCCACACCAACACAAAAGAAACUUCCUAAGAAUCAUGUCAAGAGUUCAGAUAAUAAAUUGAAAUGCGAUGCACAUUCGUUUGAAAGUCAAUACGUAAACCAGUCUAUUCAACCUUCAAAUCAAACACUGGUUAACCUGGCACAAGCUUGUUCCAAUGCACAUUUGAUGUGCGACAAAGCCAAGAUAGAGCUACAAGUAAUUACUAACGGCUCCUUUUUAUUGAUGUUGGAGUUUAGUAAAUUGCUGGCACCUAAAAAUAUUGAAUGCUGGGGAUAUUUGGUUUUGAUCAAAUCACGUCAACGGCUAACAUCUUUUUACUUAAAUUUUGGUGCCAAAGAGCUUCGUCGGAACCGUGAAAGGAUGGUACCGAUCACAAUGAAAGCUGAAGUGUCUUAUGAAGUUACCAUAAUUUCAUUACCUACCUACAAACAACAAAAGUUGGUGCAGAAUGCAACAGGUAAAUGCGAGAUGGAGAUGCUAACACAUAUUUACAACCAAAGCCGAGAAAACUUAAAAGAAAAAUGUUCGCGUUAUAGCCUUCCCACUUUUAAAACAGUACAGCAAGUUGCCAUUGAAUUGUGUUCUGCUUCACCAAAUCAGAUGGAUGAGAGAUUAACAAGAUUACAAACGUUGGAUUGCGAUAUGAGACUUCAACCUCUUACUCUUGUCAUUCGAAAAAAGAAUACAGAAAAAAUACUGUCCAUAUUACUUUUUAUUUCCAUAUUUUUUCUCGUCUUUUUUGUCUUAUGUUAUUGUAUUAUAAAGACUAGAAUUUGUAAAAAGAAACACGUUAAACACAGUGCCGAACAAUUAACACAAGGUCAGCAUUGUACUGUUAUGAUACUGCAUCGACCUGGAUGCAUUCUCUUAGAAAAAUUUCUUCGAGAUUUUGCCUAUCUUCUCACAGUUUAUAAUGUGGACGUACGGACGUCAUUAUUAGAGCAAGCUUCAGUAGAUUCAGAAGGUGGUAUUGCAUUAUAUCUUCAAAAAAACUUGCAGUUCUGUGAUUAUGUGUUUAUUCUUAUCACAGAGGGAGAACAUGAGCAUCCGUUACAUAAACACAAGCCGUUCGAAUUCGCUCUUCAAGUUAUAACUGGAGCCCUAUUUCAUCAAAACAAUGUCCACAAAUUCAUUCCCAUCUACCUCUCUUCAUAUAAACAAAUUAUAAACUACAUUCCAAGUUUUUUAUUGGACGCAAAACAAGAUGGAUAUCAAAUUCCUUAUGACUUCAAUAAAAUUGUGACGUUAUUGUCACCCAAUGUGGAUAACAAGACUCUAAAACAGAAAAAAGAAAAUAACUGGAUUAUAUUUAAUCGCAUGGAAAGCUUGUCAAAACAGUUUUUACAAGAUAUUCAUGAUGUAUGUUACAGUGACAACUGUGCAAAGUUCGUCUCACACUGGCCUGCAAAGUUAUAUCUCAAACAGACGUUCAUAGAAGUGUUCCAAACUGUCCAACAAAAUAACGAAGCGUACUCGGUGUUUGUUAAAGAUCGUCAUAAACUAGAAAUAAAGAACGCACGUUUUACUUAAUUUUUUUGUAAUUUGUCAGCGAUUGGAUAUAUUAAUGCCGACGUUAUGUUGUUUUUCAUAUAUAUCGCUAAUUUUACUGCAGUUUUACUACUUCAAAAUAUUACCAUUUGUUUGCAACUUUACAGCCGCAUCUAUGUACUUUUUUACAUAAGAGCCGAAUGUGCAUUCAUUCUCUUAUGCUAUGUUAAAACUUUUGUGACAUAACAUCAGAGAAUGAAUGAACACAAACAUGAAAUGUACACAAAACAUUCAAUGGAUUUUUUUUCAACAGAGCGUACCAAACGUUCGAUUUAUUUUUUGUAAUAUUUAUCAGGGGGUUUUUUGUCCUCGUAUUUUGAGAGAAACAAAUAUUUCAACUUGUAUUAUGGAUGUGAGACAUUUAAAAUACAAUCCAUUUUGUCAAAUUAUAAUUUAUAAUACAAUAAUAACUGUUUAUUUACUUCGCUUUCA